AGUCGGAAAUGGAGUAACAUGUCGUAGUGACUACAGGGAACGAAUCUAUCUGCGUUUCUGAAUACAAUGGAGCUGAAUGGAACGUAAUGAUAAUUGAAGGCGAAAAAUAAAACUGGCAUUUUAAUUCUUGCGUCAUUUUAUCAACCCGAUGAUGUUCGCCAACAAAAAGAACAGUUUGCCACCGAGACCCCACAUACCGAGCCAUGAACAGAUGUUAGAGGACCUCGACAAAGCCACAGUAGACGACGUGGCGUUCAAGAUCAUAAAUGAAUUGUGCACAAAAGAUGGUUCGACAGGUAGUAAUAACUCUGAUGAUAUAUACCAGAAAGUCAAAACCUACUUGAAUACCAGACAGCAGUUAAAGCAGCUGGAAAGUACCUUGAAAAAGGAGGGAGAACAAUUGCGCGCGGAUAAUGAAGAAAUAAAAAGGCUUGCAGAUGAAAUUAAGAAGCAGGCGCAAGCCGCUCUGGUAACACAGUAAAGAAAAUUAAUUUAUACACCUUGUGAUUAAAAAUUGUUUUAUUAUCUCAAAUAGAAAUUACGGAACAUUAAAUUACUUGCAUAUAAUAAUUUAUUCCACAAAAUUCUGUUAAUUUUGUUAAUAAUAAAUAAAAAUCUUUAUCUGAUAAAUUUUA